UCGCAGUACCGUCUGCGCCUCCGCAGACCACCGUGUCCCCUCCUUCCCCUCCGGGAGUACCGAUGCGUCGAGCCAUUCGCUCAGCCCAUUGCAGCGAGCAGCUUGCUGCUCGCGAGGACGUUGUGUCCUCUCUUCUGGACUUUAGCAUGCUCCAGGCUCGUCAGGAGCGACUCACCCUCCAUAUCGCUGCACUGCGUCGCCUUCUCGCCAUCCUCUCUGACCCUGAUCGCACCCUCCCGAUCAUCCCAGUACGACUCGGGACCUCCACGAGGGUGUACUCAGUGCUGUGGGGUUCCGGUUCUCAGGGCGACUUCAUUCACCCACUCGUGGUGAAGGAAGCCCGCUUACCCACGAUAGGGUCUCCGACUCCCAUCUCCGUUACCCUAGGGGAUGACAAGACCCAGCGCUUUUUCGAUCAGACGGUCACCGACCUCCCCUUCUUCCUCACUCUCGAGCCGACUGAUCGUUCCCCGGCGUCUCGUCGCCACCGCUCCUCUGCACAUUUCGAUGUGAUGGAGAUGAGGUACGACUUUAAUCUCGGCACUCCGUGGUCUCGUCAGUUCCGCAGCACCGAGGCCGAUUGGGCGACCAACACUCUCGUUCUCAAAACGAAGUGUGGACAGACGUAUCGCGUACCUUUCAUAGGUACCACUGCGACACCAUGCCCCGAUCCUCCUCCCCCGGAGCCUUCAGUGCCCACACCAUCUCCCUCUAUCACUGUCACCUCUCCUUGGCAAUUCGCUCACUUCAUUCGACAGAACGACGUCACCUUCUUUAUGGUGGACGUGACGGAUCUCUUACACUAUGAUCCACCCUGUCCCGAUGCCGAGCUCAUCCCUCUGGAGCCUGAUCCUCCCUCUAUCUCCAUGGCUCCCAUCUCUACUUCCGUCCCUCUGCCGUCCAUCGAGUCCAUCCCGCCGUCGCGCGUUGACGCUGACGCUGAGGAACUCGCACGAUAUACGGCUGACCUGGAGCCCGCAGUUCGUGACCUCAUCCGAGCGUACCACGACGUUUUCCCAUCGUUGUUCUCGUACGCCGACAUCCCACCGAUGCGUGACGUCGAGCACUCCAUUCAGCUUGUGCCUGACUAUCGUGUUCAUCACCAGGCACCCUACAGACUCUCGAUCCCCGAGGCCACCGAACUCAAGCGUCAGCUUGAGGAGCUCCUGAGACCUGGUUUCAUUAAACCAGCAACUCCCCGUGGGGUGCACCUGUCCUCUUUGCUCGCAAAGCGGAUGGAACUCUCCGUCUCUGCAUCGACUAUCGCGGUCUCAACCGCUACACGUUACCAUCAGAUCCGCGUCGCUGUAGCUGACCAGCCGAAGACCGCGUUCCGAUCGCGAUUCGGCCACUACGAGUUCACGGUGAUGCCAUUCGGCCUCACCAAUGCACCCGCCACCUUUCAGAGGGCGAUGAACGACAUCUUCAGGUACAUCCAGGAGCAGUACGUUCUCGUCUACCUCGACGAUAUCCUAGUCUACAGUCGUACCCUUGAGGAGCACCUCAGACACCUCCGCGACGUCCUUGACCGCUUGCGCAGACACGGCUUCUACGCCAAGCUGAGCAAGUGCCGCUUUGCCCAGCACAAAGUGGAUUUCUUAGGACACUACGUGUCUGACCAGGGUCUCAACAUAGACGACGUGAAGAUCACUGCUAUUGCGGAGUGGCCCACCCCCACAUACGCCAAGCAGCUUCACAGCUUUCUAGGCCUGACCAGCUACUAUAGUAACUUCAUCCGGGGAUACGUUAGGUAUUCCUAUGUCCUUACCUCCACCCUCCUCCGGAAGAACCCACCCUGGGCUUGGACACCCCUCCACGAGGACGCCUUUCGCGCCCUCAAGAAGGCGGUGACAUGCGCACCGGUUCUUCACCUACCCGAUUUUGAUCGCCAUUUUAUCCUUACCACCGAUGCGUCAGACUUUGCUGUAGGAGUAGUGUUUUCUCAAGUCUUCCCCUCCUCUCCUGAUUCCUCUCAUCCUCGUAUCCCUCGCUUCCCACCACCUACCCCUACCACUGCUUCCCGACUGACGCCUACUCGUCCAGCUACUGACGAACCCUCUAUUGACUAUUCUCCUACCAUCGCCGAGGACGACACUGUCGAGUCUCGCUCAGGUGAUUGUCCGAUAGCCUUCUACUCCCGUCAACUCCUGCCCGCCGAGAUAAACUACACUGUUGAUGAACGUGAGGUUCUCGCAGUAGUUUAUGCCGCUCCGCACUGGCGUCACUACCUGCACGGGGCACCAUUCACGGUGCGCACGGACAACUCUGUUGUCCGGGCUUUUCUGACAAAGUCGAAGCUCACUCCUCGACAGGGUCGCUGGUGGCGCGACCUAUCCGAGUUUAGUCUCACCACUAAGCACAUCAAGGGUGAGACUAAUUGGGUCGCAGAUGCCUUAUCCUGGCGCCCUGACCAUAAUCUAGAGCAGAUCCAGCUUGCUGCCACGGUCACCACCGUCCACCACUUGGUGAUUGACGAGUUUCGCAAUCAAUACCGCCACUGCCCUGACUAUCGCGACAUCCAUGCGACUCUUCAGAGUGGCAAGACCGUCCCGAACUACUUUCUCGGGGACAAUGGUCUUGUGUACUGGCACGGUUCACAGGGCACCAGAGAGCCCCAUAUUUGCGUUCCCUCCACUAGACAGCUACGUGUCCGGGCAGUUGCAGAGUUCCAUGACCAGGUAGUCGCCAAUCAUAUGGGCUUCCACAAGACGUUGGCUCGUGUGAGCCGCCUGUACGUCUGGCCGAAGCACAAGGACUUUGUGAAGGAUUACGUCGCAGAGUGUCCCACCUGUCAGAAGGUGAACAGUGCGAACCACCUGCCUUAUGGUUUGCUCCAACCUCUUCCUAUCCCUGAGGGUCAUUGGCAGUCCAUCACGAUGGACUUUAUCGGUCCUCUUCGUCCUCCGAGCCCCCGUGGUCAUGAUGCUAUCCUGGUCGUCGUCAACCGCUUCACGAAGCGUGCACACUUUGUUCCGUGCCGCUAUGCCAUCAGUUCACGUGAGGUCGCCGACAUCGUGUUUGACCGAGUCGUGCGUGACCAUGGCUUACCUCUGAGCAUCAUAUCUGACCGUGACCCGCGCUUUACCAGCCGAUUCUGGCGACGGCUCCACAAGUGGGAUCUCUAUCUUGCCCACGAGGAGAUAGCCUACAACCACGUCGUCUCGCCAGCCACGGGGAUAUCGCCUUACUAUUGCGACCUCGACUAUCACCCUCGUGUUCCAGCGAACUUCCUUCGACCGUCACAGAUGCACCCCGACACGAGUUGUCCCAUGCUGGAUGAUUGGGUUGCACACAUGACGUCGAUCAUGAAGACCGCGCAUGAACAAAUAGCCGCUUCCCAGACGCGCAUGGCCACACGUGCGAACCGAUCGAGGAUAAAUCAUCCAUUCAAAGUCGGUGAUGAUGUGCUUAUCGACGCCCUCCACUUACAACUCGAAGCGGACACGCUUCGCAAGUUCCGGCAUCGCUUCUUUGGCCCAUGCCGCAUUCUCCAGGCCAUCGGUUCUAAUACGGCCUCUAGUCCGGUCAGCUUCCGUGUGAAGCUGCCCGACUACCUACGCCAGGCUCGUGAGCACGAUUUCUACCACAUCUCGUUACUGCGUCCCUACCGCAGACCGUUUGAGCAUUUCGCUAGACGACUAUACGAGCGCCCUCCACCCAUCAUGGUGGACGACCAUAAGGAGUUCCUUGUUUCAGAUAUCAUUGGUCGCCGAGUCACCGACGACAACCCUCCCCAUGUCGAGUAUCUCGUACGUUGGAAGGGUUACCCUGAUGAGGAGGCUACUUGGGAGCCCCUCGAGCACUUGCAGCACACUCGCAUGUUGGUGCAUGCCUACGACCGUGCUCGUCGUGCUGGGUUGACAGCUCCUCCUCAACCCACUGACCCUCUUUCUUCUCACUCGGCUGACGAGACCGCUGAAGUCGAGACUGCUCCAUCUGAGGCAGACCUUCAACAGCAGCCGGAUGCUUCUGAGCGUCCACAACGCACUCUACCAACAACGCCCUAUGAUAUACAUAUUGAUGAUGAUGAUAAUGAUGAUGAUGAUGAUGUCGAUGAUGAUGAUGUCGAUGAUGAUGAUGUCGAUGAUGAUGAUGAUGAUGAUGAUGAUGAUGAUGUCGAUGAUGAAGAUGAUGAUGAUGAUGAUGAUGAUGAUGAUGAUGAUGAUGAUGUCGAUGAUGUUGAUGUCGAUGAUGUCGAUGAUGAUGACGAUGAUGAUGAUGAUGAUGACGAUGAUGAUGAUGAUGAUGACGCACAGCGCCCUAGUAGAGGGUUCAUUUGCCCAACUCACGUGAAGAGUACUUGGGUACCUGCAGCCAAGAGAAGGGAACGGCAGCAGGCAGAAGCAGCGGCAAAAGCUAACGGCGAGCCUGUACACAAUGCUGCUAAGACAAAACGGCCGAGAACGGUAUCCUUGGCAUCAGCCUCAACAACAGGACUUGGGCCCGACCCCGGCAGCACCAGACAGGACCUACUGGCCAUCGGACCUGUUCAAGGAAUCGGUGGGAAGUCAUCACUCCCUACAGAGGUGACAGUGGAGACUCUGCUGAAGAGCGUAAAAGUGACUGGGAUAGUUGAAGGAGUCCUGGAAGUGGGUUAUCAUGCUUCGGUCAAAAUUGGUGGACAUGUCUUCAAGGGAGUUCUCUACAACACCGGAUUUGAUACUGGGAACAGUACUACUAUGGGCACAAGCUCCAGUGAUCAGGCUGCAGCGCAUUGUCAAGACCUGGGGAAUCUGCUUGCCCUCAAGGGGGGCCCUAGCGCUUCCCUGCUAGAAGCUGCAGGUCUAUAUGGCCCUAGUGCUGCCCUUCUAGGCAGUGGGCCAAAGUCAGGGGUUUUGUCGGAAGAUCACCUUGCUGCCAAUGUGCAAAGCAUGGUGAGAAGGCUUUCUCGAGAAUGGGCACAUAUGAGAAUGAUUGAGGGAACCCCAGGUGCAAUGUGGGAAAAGAACACUCACAACAAGUUUGCAAGUGAGUCUACUUGAUAAUAUACAAGUGUUGAGUUCAGGAGAAUCACCGUUCAUCUUCAACUUCAAAAGCCGUGGUCCCACCAUGUGGGAACCUUCAACUUAGCAGAUGAGUACUACUAUUUUUGCAGCCCAGCCUUUUGCCAGGUGAUUGCACCAAAUCAAUCUUCACAGGUGAA